AACACGAUUCCGGUGUCAUUCCCUGGCACGACAUCAUGCCACGUCAGCGAAAAAAAAUCGUGGCCGUCGAUCCGGCGACCAACGGCCCUCGGCCGGCCGAGCACGUCCUCCCCGCGGCCGGCUCCCGCAUGCGCCGGACCGCCGCCGCAGGCCGCGCCUCCCGCCGCCACACCAUGUCCUCCACCGCAGCGCGCGGGCCUCCACCGGCGCGUGCAUGGCCCACGCCGGAUUCGGCCGUGGACGGAGGAGGGAGGAGGGAGGAGAGAGUAGGGAGGAGGGAGGCGAGCGGCGGGCUCCAGGCGAGGGAGGGGGAACGAGGACAAGGGAGGAGGCCCGCCGCCUCCAGCAGGGCCGCCGCCGCGCUCCGGCCACCGUGCGGGAGCUCGACCGCUGCCGCUGCCGCUCCGCCCCUGCUCCUCCACCUCCUCCACUGCCGCUCCGCCCCGCCGCUGCGCUCACGGCCGCAGCAGGGGAGGGCCGCGCCGGCGCUCGAGAGGAGGUGCCGAGCUCGCUCACGGCCGCAGCAGGGGAGGGCCGCGCCCGCUCGGCCUGCUCGCCCGCGGCGGCGCUGCUCGCCCGGCCACAGCGGCGAGGAGCUCGCCCGCCUGGAGCCCGCCAGGAGGGAGCUCACGGCGGCGCGGAGCUCGCCCGCGCGGCGCGGAAUCCAUGGCGGCGCGGAGCUCGCCCGCCCGGAGCACGGCACGAGGGAGCUCAACUGCGAGGCCCACCGCUCGCCGCGGCCCCGCGCGCCCCGCGAGCCGCCCGCCGCCACGCCAUGGCCUCCGCCGCAGCGCGCGCGCCGGCAUGGAUCCGGCCGCCACGGCCAUGGACGGAGAAUGGAGGAGGAGAGAGACAGCCCGCAGGCUCGAGGACCUCGCGGGCCGAGGUUUGCCGCUUCACCACUUUCGGUCCGCCUCCAUCUUCUGCCUGCACGACCGCACCUCUGCUCCCCAUCAUCCGCCUCCGCCGCCGACCCUCCGCUCCCCACAAGGGCCGCGGGCUCCAGUGAUGCUCCCGAUGUAGAGGCCCUGCUCCCUGUCGUAGUGCCGUCGCCGCCUCCACGAAUGCGCGUACCGCUACUCUGGAGCCGUCGACAAGCGUGAGCCAUCACUAGGCCAAUCGAAUCGCCUCGGAGCCUCAGAGGAAGCAUGUGCUCUGAGUGCCUCUCCUUCGCUCAAGUGCUCAACUGCAUCUGCCCAUGCCUCCUUGCCUCCGGGGAGGACCUCGGCGGCGGCGGCUGCCGUCGCGGAACAGGCCUCCCUCCCUCUGCACGCAGGCCCCCGCUGGGAUCGAGCGCCGCCGGCCACAGCUGCAAGUAAUCACGUAAGCCUCUUUCACUUUGUUAACAUAGAGAUCUCGUUAACUAAUUAGCUUCUGUGCAUGUGGCCACGAUCCAAUUCCAUGGAGCACAGCGCCAUCCAUGCAUCAGGCUGGCAUGGCGGCCACGGCUCAGUGAUGCUCGUUGCGUCUCCGCCACAAGAAGCUGAUCAAGGUCUAGCUCUUCUUACACAUUACUGAUCUAUGAAUUAAAUCCACCUGUCUUGAUUCGCGGACACAUGAAAAAGUGUUACCUUUUCUUUGUUGAUCUUAUCUUGUUGACACAUUUGAUUUGACUUCUCUAAAUCUGCAAUCUUCGAUGCCUUUUAUUUGAUCUUAUGAAAAGGAUUCAGAGAAACAGAGCAAAGAUUUAGAUGACUGAAAAUUUUCGGCCUCAAAAUCGACAUGUUCCGGAGCUCCAUGUUAUGGUUCGGACGGUAUACCAGAUUCGCCAUAAGCGCUCACGUGGCUGAUUAAUAUAAAUUUUCAGUUUGUUAACUCUGGGAAGGAAACAUUGUUAGCCUAAGAUUUGGGUUGUCAGCAGAUUUAUUAGCGGCCAUAUAUAUAUGGCCAGGACUCUAUGAGAUAUUCUUAAGCAAGGUAACAUAUUGUUACCCCUUGCACACCCAAUUAGAUUGGCAGUAACCAUUUGUCCUUUGUUUUGAGUGUGCGAUUAACUGCAGGGCAGAUAGAUUGAUCAAGAAUCUAUCCUCCCGUGUUGCCAUUCCUUACUACAUUGCAUGAAUGAAACGAGUCUGACGGAAAUUGCAGCAGGUGCCAACCUCUUUGAAUCUCCUAGGUUUCCAUAAAUAAGAAUUUGCAAUCCUCUUUUAUGAAGUUGAAAUUGUCCUUUGAAUAUUAUUUAGCUUUUAUUAUGGCUAGAUUUCCUCUCUCACUCGGAUAUCUAUUGACAAGACAUGCAAUUUUUUUGUUACUUACUUUCUGUCUUUCUGAAGUUGGCGUGAUCUGAAUAAUGCUUCCUUGCAUUGUCCUUGCCGCCACCAGCGCUAACCACAUAAGAGGGGACAUAAUUCAUCCAAACAAUUCAAUAUUUUGAUCUGUUGUGAAUGGUGUACCAAUGUUUUUACAUUGACUGCCGUUUAAAGAGUGUCCAGACAGUUAAGGGAUGACACAUGAAAUCUAUGUGGGGGCUUAUUGCCUUCUUAUUUGUUGUUUUUCACCUUAGUGUUCUAAUAUGGUGACCUUCCUAAUUAUAGGACAAUGUACUUCUUUUAUUUGCCCAUUUCAAUGUUCAGUCAGUGAUGUGAAGAUAAGUGCUAGGGCAGAGUUUAAAUAUCUAAAUAGUUGCAUUAACAAACCGUCUGACUAAGUUCAUUUUCGAUCUACCUUAGUGGGAGCUACUAAAAUUAGAUGCGUACCAUAAUUGUCAUUUUGGCUUUAUUACAGUUGUACAUUGACAGCUAAAAUUGUCAUCUCUUUCUCAUGGUGGACUUUGGACUUUGCGCAAGAUAGUUGCAAUCAGAAUUCAAUAUGGAGCCCAAACUGAUGAAAUGGGAGUAUCAGCAUUCAGCCAUGAAUAUUAACUAGCACAAGAUAAAAGGGACAUCCCUUGGUUUGGAACCAAGUAACACGGUGGCAAUAAGUUGGAUGAAGAAGCACAACCAACUGAAGAGUUGGAAAUUGCGUGCACUAUCGCUCCACUGCAUCAGGGUGAAAAUUAGACUGCUGAUUUGCAUUGUCUUAAGACAGCGUAGUACACAAGAUGUGGAAUUGUCGGUGCUGCGACAGUAGUAAUAGGCAAGCUUUGCAGUAGCCAAGAUCUACAGUUAUGUGCAGAGCUAGGCUUGGUCGGACUAACCUGCAACCUGGUUUCACAAACUUACUCAUAUUUGCUUAAAUCAUGUAACUGUGCUGCCGUGCGCUUAGAAAGUUUGAUGCGAAGUUCUAGAGCUGUUCAGGUGUGUGCAUGUCGUGCUGAAGCUAUAAGCAUGCUACUUCAUUGUAAAGUUUUUUAAAAAAUUGUUAUUUUCUAAUAUCUACACGUUGGUUUAAUGCCCA